AGUUUUGACCAGCGAAGCAAUGAAAUGCAAAUGGGGGGUGGUUGUGGUUGUUGUUGUUGUUGUUGAUUCAGUCUUAAUUAAUUUCCCCAUUACUACUUUCAUUCUCUUCUUCCUCCGGUGAAUGCAAUGCCGCCGCAACCGCAACCACAACCACCGCCGUCUAAUUCAGAUUCCGACGCUUCUUCCUUGAUCAGAACUUACCGCGCCUGGAAAGGCCAUAACGUAUUUUUGCUUCGAGGGAGGCUUAUAUUUGGACCCGAUGUGAAAUCGAUAUUUAUUUCGCUAUUUCUUAUUAUUACCCCUGUUGCUGUGUUCUGCGCUUUUGUGGCAAGGAAACUGGUAGAUGACUUUCCUCAUCACUCCGGAUGGUCGAUACUGGUCAUAGUUAUUGCUCACACGCUGUUUGUUCUGAUCGCUCUUCUCCUGACUUCAGGAAGAGAUCCAGGCAUAGUACCUCGUAAUGCACAUCCUCCGCAGCCAGAUGACCAUGAUGCUGCUGCCAAUAUCAACAAUGGACUAAGUCCACGGGGACGUUUACCACGGACGAAGGAUGUCAUUGUCAAUGGCAUCACUGUGAAAAUCAAAUAUUGUGAUACUUGCAUGCUCUAUAGACCCCUCCGUUGUUCUCAUUGUUCUGUAUGUGAUAACUGCGUGGAGCGAUUUGAUCACCACUGCCCAUGGGUGGGGCAGUGUAUUGGAUUGCGAAAUUACCGGUUCUACUACAUAUUUGUCUUCUCUGCAACUCUUCUUUGCUUAUAUAUACAUGGCUUUUGCUGGGUCUACAUCACGAGGAUCAAGAACUCGGAGGAAAUAUCAAUUUGGAAAGCAAUGACCAAAACUCCUGCAUCUAUUGUUCUAAUAAUCUACAGUUUCGUUUGUGUCUGGUUUGUUGGAGGCCUCACUGCUUUCCACACGUAUCUCAUCAGCACUAACCAGUCUACUUAUGAAAACUUUAGAUACCGGUACGAUCGACAAGUCAACCCAUACAACAGAGGGAUAGUUAACAACUUCAAAGAAGUGUUCUGCACUAGAAUUCCUCCAUCUAAGAACAAAUUCAGGUCCAAGAUUCCAAAGGAGCUACCAGAUGCAUCUCAAGGAGUUGGUGCUCGGACCCUGAGUCCUCUGAUGAGAAAAUCCACAGGGAACAUGGAAUUAGUAGGGAGGAGAGUUUAUAUUGAUGAGCCUAACGAUGAUGAUACCAGAGAUGUGUUUAGCAAUGAGGAACAUAGCAGCAAGGAUAGUGGGGAGAGACAAGAUAUUUGGUAUCUUCACCAAAAAUCAGACAUAAUUCCUGAAGUCCAUGACAGAGUACAUGAAGUUGGGGAAUCAAAUUGUGCUGCUAGUGAAAGUAGUAGUGGGCCUAAUGGGAACACAACUACAUAGUGCAUACUGCAUAGUCUCAGCAUGUCAGAAUAUAUUAAAAGUUCAGACGAGUAACAAUGGGCAAAAGAAAGUUUUUUUUUUUUUUUUUUUUUUUAAUUUUUUGGGUUAAAGUUCGAUUUGAUAGGGAAGUAAUGCUUGUGUUUUUUACCUUUGUUAAUUCUGGAGCGUGGUUGGAUUUUGCUUCACCGAUUCUAAGAUCGUCUUAUGGGGAAUGUGGUGAUGAAUUUGUGUACAGCAGAAGAAAAAAAGAAUUUAUAGAAAAUUAUUGAAUCUGUACAUCGCACCUUCUAUAUUUUCAUUUGCUUUUCCUUUGUUCCCGAAGGAUAGCUCAAGUAGUAAGAACUGAUGGACACAUGAGUUGGGGAGGGGUAAGUUCAUGGGUUUGUAAUUUAUCUUUUACGAUGUACUAAAACAAAAUUGUUUUUCAUUUA